AUGGUCGAGUCGACGUCCCCUUCUCGCGAUCCAUCCCCUCCGCCCUCUCGCUCCAAGUCUCCGACAACAACAGACAAACCGCCCCUCGUCCUGGUAACCGGCGGCACCGGCUUCCUAGCAAAAUGGGUAAUAGCAACCCUCCUGCGCAGCCCAACCCCCUACCGAAUCCGCACAACCCUCCGCACGCCCUCGCGAAUCGACGAGAUCAAAUCCUCCCUCCUCGAAGCCGGCAUCCCCGAGUCCCAAAUAUCAGCCAUCGAAUUCACACACGCAGACCUCUCCUCCAACGACGGCUGGACAACCGCCCUAAAGGACGUAAGCUACGUCCAGCACAUCGCAAGCCCGUUCCCCGCGCACCCCCCGAAAGAUGAAUACGAUUUGAUUAUUCCGGCCGUCGAGGGGACGAAGAGGGUGAUGCGCGCGGCGCGCGAUGCGGGUGUGAAGCGCGUCGUGCUCACGAGUUCGUUUGCGGCGAUUGCGUAUGGCGCGCGGCAUGUUGGACGGGAUUCGGCUGUGCCGAUUAUAGAGGAUGACUGGACGGAUCUGAGUAAACCGCGGAUUGUGCCUGCGUACGCGAAGAGCAAGACGCUGGCUGAGCGCGCGGCGUGGGAGAUUGUGGAGAGUGAAUCCGGGUUGAAUUCGCGUUCGGGAUCAGGAUCGAAAUCACCGUCAGGCUCUGGCUCUGGCUCUGCGUCUGGAUCGGCGUCGGGCAUGGAACUCGUCGUGAUCAACCCCGUCAACAUCUACGGCCCCGCACUCGGCCGCGAAGACUCGACGACAUUCCGCUCGAUAUCGGAAUUCCUAGACGGGAAUGCCCCCGGUAUACCCCGCGUACAAUACGGCGUCGUCGACGUGCGCGACUGCGCCGAACUCCACGUCCUCGCCAUGACGCACGCCUCCGCCCCAGGAGAGCGCUUCAUCUGCAUCGGCGAGGGCAGUCUCUGGAUGGAGGAUAUCGCAAAAAUCCUAAAGAAGAACCUCGGCGACAAGGCGAAGAAAGUCCCCGCGCUUGUUCUGCCCGAUAUGCUUGUUCGCGGCGUCGGCGUGUUCAUGCCCGUUGCGCGACUGCUCUUGGCGGAUCUCGGGGUGCACAGGGUCAUCAGUGGGCAUAAAGCCAGAGAGUUGCUGGGGUGGGAGAGUCACUUUUCGAAUGAAGAGGCCAUUUUGGCGGCUGCGGAGAGUAUUCUCAAGUUCAACACGUGA